AUAACUACCUUAGGUACCUUUGCGAUUAAUACUGAGGCGGUCAUUGGCCGACCCCUCCAGGGGCACAGAUUCUCUUCCCCUCGCGUGUAACAUUUCAGUUCUCUUGCUGUCUGUCUGUCCUCCUUCCCACACAUCUCUCACAAUGGCAGGUAUACAAACCGACGGCCUUUCCAUCACCCACUCCUGUGACCGUACCGACGGACCAGACCUACGCUUGAUCCACUUCAACGACGUUUACCAUGUCGAACCUGGGUCUGCAGAACCCAUCGGCGGGGUCCCCCGCUUUCAGUCGGUGAUCAACUACUACCGCGAUGGACCCCAAUUCGUCUCGCAGCCCAGGAUCCUGACUCUCUUCUCGGGGGAUGUCUAUAACCCCAGCCUGGAAAGCACGGUGACCAAGGGAAGACACAUGGUGCCCUUUCUGAACAAUGCGGGGACGGACGUUGCUUGUGUGGGAAACCACGACCUAGACUUUGGGGUCGCGCAAUUCAGACAUCUGCGCACGCAGUGCAAGUUCCCCUGGUUGCUGGCGAAUGUGUUGGACCCCGCACUGGGGGAGGAGGAGCCGAUCGCCAACUGUCUCAAGACGGUGAUGUUGACUGCCUCGAAUGGCGUAAAAGUGGGCGUCAUUGGACUGGGGGAAAGGGAAUGGUCUGUCUGCACAUAGCAAUUUGAUCAACUGAGAGAGAGAGAGAGAGAGAGAGGUGACCGUGCUGACAGACAAGGCUGGAGACAAUCAACUCCCUUCCUCCCGGGCUUAUUUAUC